GGGUCAUUAUAUACUCAUAUGACUGUAUAGGUUUAUGUUGACAACAACUUAGUUCUGGACCUAGACCUAGCGCUAUUAGACUAGAUCUUUUUUUGCGACAAAAUCUAGUAGAGCAGUCAUAUAAUUAUCCGCUAAACGAAUUUAUGAUUUGAUAAAAAAUGUUCUUUAAUGCUGAUGAUGACGAAAAUGAUUUUAUGUCUACUGGAGGAGGGUCUAAACUGGCCAAUUUAUUUGGUAUGGAUAAAGCCAGCAGACAGGGAGGAAAUGAAUCCUUAACAUAUACAGCUCCAAAGCAGCCUAGAAAGAAAGAAUCAACACCAGAUGGUGGUGCUGCUCCUGUAGUUGUCGUUGCCAGUGUAGUCCAUGCUUAUAAAUAUGUUGAUGGAAAAUAUGCUCCACAGGGUAAACUAGGAGCAGCAUUGUUGGCCAACCAUGGAGCUAAAGAUUAUCGCAUUCUACUUUAUGUAACGCAACAGAAACAGAUCACAAACGCAAAGAUAUCUUUAAACUUUGCUUUCAACAUUCAACAAAAUAACUAUGCAAGUUUCUAUGAUGACACAAGGCAGAUGUGGUCCAUCAUGUUUGAGUCUGUUGAUGCAGCAGAGAAGUUUGCCAAAGAGGUAGCAAUGGCAAAGGCAAACUCAGUCUCUGGUACUUUAACAGAUUUUAUACAACAAGAUUUACUGCUGGGAGAAGGUGGGCUCUUGGAAUCUGGUGAUUCUGCGGAAGUCAAAUACAUUGGAUGGUUGUUGACUAAUGGGGCAUUAGGAAAAGUUUUCGAUCAAUCCCAACAAGAUAAUUAUUUCCGAUUUAGAGUUGGAAAAGGCAAAGUGAUAAAGGGAUGGGACCAAGGAAUGCUUGGAAUGAAAAAGGGAGCUAAGAGACUGUUAAUUAUUCCCCCAUCAUUAGCUUAUGGCUCUCAGGGUGCUGGGGAGAGAGUUCCUCCAGAUUCCACACUGGUGUUUGAAGUACAAGUUAUGAGGGUCAAAUUACAAAAAGGAGACUCUCCACAGCCUUCACCAGCACCUACCCCUGCUCCAGUUGCGAUGCCUGCCCUACCAAAUGAUAAUGAUGACCUGGAAGAUGUUGGUGUCAAAGGUCGUACUAAAUCAAUUAAUGAACAUUUAACACAGUCACCAGACAGCAACAAGGCCAAGCUGAUAUCACGUAUGGCCCGGAUGGGUCAGCCCAUGUUGCCCCUUCAAGGUGCUAUCCCAGCCCAGCCGGAUGAGAGUGAUGAGGAAAUGCAUCCUCACAUAGAAACACCUCCAGCUACUAUACCAGCUGCAGUGAAGCCAAGUCUUGCAGCUAAACCUAGGUCAAUGUCGGGUGUGGGGGUUGGCAUGGCUCCAACAUCAGCUCAGGUCAUAGUCAAUCAGGCUCAGCCCACAGUCCUACAGUCCAUGGGGAAUCCACCCAUGAUGAUGACAAUGGAUGGCUUGCUGCACCAACCUCAACCAGACUUUUUACAAAAUCUUCCUGGAGCUCAACAGCUGGCUGUGUAUCAGAACCCCAACACAUUUCUUCAGCAACAACAACAGCAGCAGGCAGCCUUGAUCCAACAGCAACAACAGCAGCUUCUGCAACAACAGCAACAGUUGCUGGGUCAUGGACUUAUAGGUGGAGUUCAAGGUCCAGGUGGUCCAUUUGCAGUAAGUUCACACAUGCCAUCUCCCCUUCAACCCACUCACUCUCAACCCGCUCACUCUCAACCCCCAGCUCAGCCAUCACAACCUGACAGCCUGGCUCCGGCCCUCCUGAGUGAGACACGUCAGCAGAAUACUGAAGUUAGGAUCAAUCUGUCAAAAAUGUCUGACAAAGUGGAUAAAAUUCUAGAGAAGUUAGAUCACAUGAGUAAUACAUCAAUGAUGGGUCAGAUGAACCAGAACAUGCACAUGAUGGGUUCACUGACUCCUUACGGUUCCAAUAUGUCAGCUCCCUCCAUGGAAGCCAGUGUACUGAUGCAGAACAUAACCAGGAUUGUACAGGAAAAUGAACGUUUAAAAAAAGAUUUGUACGACCAAAGUAAUAAAGUCCAAGAACAGAAUGAAAAAAUUGCUAAACUUCUAGAACAAAAUCAAAGGUAUGUGGAACAGAGUCAUAAUAUGCUGGAACAGAGAAAUGAAGGCUACAAGACCACAGCCAGCCAAUCACAAGCUAAGGUGCUUUCACUGGAACAAGAGAAGGUCCAUUUAGCCACAGAACUGAGCUCAGCCUCUGCACAGAUCAGCACCCUUCAACUAGAGCUGGCAGAGUAUCGCAAACGUGAAGGUGAGCUGAAGCAACAAAUUCAGCUGUCCACUAACUUGAACUUGACCAGCAAAGAAGAGCUUGACAAGCUCAGGUUACAGAGAGAAGAAGAUGAACAGAAAGUUGCCGUUCUGACUGCUAGCAUAAGAGAAGAGAAACAAGCUCGCAAGGCAUCGGAUGCCAAGUUGACAAGUAUCACUGAAGAACUAAAUGACCUCCGAGCAUCACAUGUCACACUAGAAAAGAACUUGACGGAAAGAAAAAGAAAAGCACUGGAGGACAGAAGGAAACUAGAAGAGGAUAUGGAGGAGGCUAAACAGAAUUACGAGCACACCAUUGAAAGCCUGAGAGAAAAACUACGCAAACAGAAGACAUCAGUGGAUGCUGAAACAGACUUCAAGGUCUCCAAGAUUGAAGAAGACUUAACUCGAGAGCUGCAAGCUAAGUAUGACAGGAACAUGGCUGUGGUGACAGAGAAACACAAUCGUCAGAUUGAAGACUUAAAGAGUGAGAAGGAUGAACUCCUACGUAAAAUUGAUGAGCAGGAGAAAAAGAUUGCAUCUAUUAGAUCUUCUGGCACAUCAACAGAGAAACAAGUUCAGAUACUGCAGGAUGAGCUGGCAGACAUGAAAGUAUGGAAAGAGAAGUAUGACUCUUUGAGGAACCAGGCUGCUGCAAUGAAAGACAAGUAUGAGAAGAGGCUGGAGGAGAUGGAAGGAGAGAUGGAACAAGAAGAGGAGAAGAGAAAUGAGAUUGUGGAGAAGGCCAAGGAGCAGCGCCAGGACCUGCUGCAGCAGGUACAGCAGCUACAGCAACAGUUGCAGCAGAUGCGCAAACAGCUUCAAGCAGCCAGUGAGUCAGCCCAGCAGAGAAACUUGGAGUCCUCUGCACCCUCUGCAGAUGUAACCCAGGAGGUGAAGAAAAUCAUGAAUACUGUUUUCCAAACUUUGAGAGCUGAGUUUGAUUCAGAGGAAAAUUAUUCUGGAGAUGAAGUGCUUUCCACAAUAUUAAAUGUUAUCAAGCAAACUACCCUAAAGCUAGUCAGUCAGAGUGCUCCUAAACAAGAGGAAAGUGAGAGUGAGAACGAAGAAGAAAGUGAAGAAGAAGAGGAGGAUGAGCAGGAGGACAAAAAAGAAAGGAAAGAGGAAGGCGUAGACGAAGUGGAUGAUGAAGACGAAGAAGAACCAAUCUCUGCAGUAAGUCUACCCCAAGUAUCCACAGAGCCAACUAAGCCCUUGAACUUGUCAGUGUCAGAACAGACUUCAGAGAAGUCAUCCAUUUAUGAGACUCAGGCAGAGGAGGAGGAAGUGGAGACAUCUACUGAGACCCCAGCUAACAACACAGAAGUCCCUGCAAAUGUAGAAGAAAGCCCUUUACACCCGGAGACAAAAGAAGAAUUUCAAACUGGUGUAGCCAAUGAAAAUGAAGAGGAAAACAAGUCUGGUGAGGCUAAUGUAAAACGUAUAUUAGCAGAAGAUGAGAAAGCAGCCUUUGAGAGGGACAAUGAUGCUGGGGCUACAUCUCCGCAACCUGAUGAAGACGCUGAUGAACAGUUUGAAAAUGCUCUGGAUGAUAUACCCGGCAGUGAAACACCUAUUGUGGCAGCCACUUUGGUGGAGGCCAAAACUUCUAAUGGUCUGGAUAGCGUUGAACUGAGUUCAGAGAAGAGUGAAUCAGAAUCUUCCACUCAGCAGGGGAAGAUUGAAAACAAGACGGAGGAGAUCUCAGAGGAACUCAAGAAGUUAAAUCUUGCUGCUAGUACAGUGGUUGCACCCAAGGCCAGGACAGAUGUCAUAGACCAGCCUCCUCCAUUGUUUGAUGAUGAUGAGGAUGAGGACAGCCCAUUGUUUGGAAAUGAUGACACUGUGUCUGACACUCUUGGCGCUGAAUUCACACCCAAGGCAAGGUCAGCAUCUUCUAAUAAUAAUGUGCCUGUCAAUGAUCCAGCAAAGAAUAAAACAACAUCAGGCAAAAAGGAACAGGCUAAUGAAGAGGACCUAAAGCCCCAGCCGCCGCCACCAUUGUUUGGGGAUGAUAGUGACGAUGAUGACCUUGACUGGCUUAGUUAACUAAAGGAAACCUAAAACAUAGUCCUACACACAGAAAGUAAAUAGGUUUUUACUUUGAGGUUUAACUCAAAGGUUAAACUGCUCUUAUGAUUAUAGUUUUUAAAAUACAAUCUUUCAUAUCAUCAUCUAAGCUUGAUGCUUUAAAAACUUAUAUUAAAGAAUCAUAUUUCUCUAAAUAGGUGAAAGUGAUAUUGAAUGAAUUUAAAAGCUCUUAUUUUGAGAUGUGUAAAUUUUAUAAACUUAUAUACAGAAUUUUUUUUUUGUUUUACUAAUUUUAUUUUGUAUUAAGAUAAAAUCAGACUUUCUAUUUGCUCAAAGAGCACCUUCAAAACUAGCAUUACUUUGUGUUGAUGAAACCAUGCUUGUUAAUAUUCUGUUUACACUUCUUGUAUAUGCUGAUGAAAACAAAAAUUAAUUCCUUUAAAUUGUUUGAAAUAUUUUUAAAACGUAAUGUUUUUUUCUAUAUAGUAUUUAACUCUGAACUCUGUAAUAGCUUUUGCAAAAAAUUGAUUGUUAGGUUAUUUAUGUUUUUUGUUCAUUUUUUCUGUGCUUUUUGGUUCAUCUGGUGUUUUUUUGUUGUUUUUUUUUUUUUGCUUAGAAAUAAGAUUAUUUAGGGUUAGGCUGAUUUAUGCACACAUUCCAGCCUUAAUCAGUGGUCCCAAACUGUUUUGAUCCUUGGCCUUCUCAUGUAUUCAGACUUUCCUCAAGGCAUUUUCUCACAGUAGUCAAAAUGUUUUAGUCUGUUGUCUUCAACAAAAUCAGUUAAAAACAAUUUAUGAGCACCUCCGUCUGAGAAUCAUUCAGUGCAAACUGAGAUGGGGGGUGCUCUUUUCUUUUUGACUUUGUGUUUCUAAUAAUUUUGUUUUUGUAAUUGCGUUGAGUAACUGGGUUAUUUGCUUUGUUUAUUUCAUUGUUUUAUUAAUUCUUUAAUUAUUUGUUUUCUGUCUAUUUUUUAAACUUUUAAGUUUACUUUAGCAUUUAGGAAAAUGGUAAGGAAUGAAAUUCUGGUUAUUAUUAUUUAGUGCAAUAUGUUUUGAUUUGUUAUUUUUUUGAAAUUGUACUGUUGAAUGAUCAUAAUGUCAGGCUGUGGGUAACCGGUUGAGUUAUGUACAAAUUGUCACCAUUUGUUGCUUUGUAAGAAAAAAAAAAAAAAAUCAAUGAAUAUAUUUAUAAAUAUCAUUGCUUAGCUACAGGCAAACAUGUUUUUAAGUUGUUCACUUUUCUCUUUUUGUCAAAAUGCAGACCAGAGCUGCAGAGUUGGUAUCCUAAUGUUCCUGCUGUGAUUCUAUGAGUCAGUAGGAGAACAAAUGUCACUCACUAUGAUGACUCAAUGUUGUUCCUUCUAAACUGGCACAUUACACUCAGCAGAUAUAUUUCCCUGUAAACCAAGCCACUUUAAAUAACAAUACUAUGAAUGUUCCUAUUACAAGAUACAUACUGUUGAUUUCUGUUAAUUGUACAGUUGGGAACGCAAUAGUUGGUCUGGUCUCAUUACCGGAUUUUACUGUUUAAUACAAUUUCUUUGGUACUUAAGGGUUCAGUCCAAAUAAGAAGCUGGUCCCAUUAAACGGUGGUCUGAUUAACCAGAUUUGGAUAUAUACUAGUACAACAGCAUUGCUCAGUGAAACUUCUUAUUAAAUAAACAAAAUAGUAAAGAGUACCCCAUUCAAAUGAAAGUGUUAUAUGGCCAGCACAAUUACCAUCCGCCUUUACUUUUUCCUAACUUAUGUCAGGUAGGGUGGACUCAGGGGCGCCCUGAAAAUCCCUAAAUUUAAAAAUCCCAGUCUUCACCAGGAUUCAAACAAAAGUCCACUUAGUUCAGAUGCGAAGUGUUUUACCCCUCAGCCACCAUGCCCCCUAGACAUUGUAUCAAUUAUUUGUAUGAGAAAAGAACUAUAAAUGUAUAACCUGCUGUAAGUCCAAAACUUGACUUGCAUGUUUUCAGCUGUGAGUGACUGCGUACACUCCCAUGUAACUUUCUGUUUUCAUAAGUUUCUAGAACAUAUUUCUGCUUCACGAUUUCUUUAGUCUACAUUUUACUAUUUAUUAUAUGCUUACAUAAGAGACUUCUCUUUUUCUCUCUUAAUGUCAUAAAAUCAAAUUGUCUAUCCAAAAAAUAAAAUGUUCAUAUCUCCGCAGCUGCGGUGGAAACAAACUUGCCUGCUCAGCCUUUUAGGGAAUCAUCUAUGAUAUGUUUUAUAUUCUUUCACUUUAGCACAGACAUUUGUUUAUUUACAUCCACCCCCAUCUCACUCAUCCAAAAACUUCUGCACAUAGACACACACACACACAGAAACCUUUUUUUUUUUAUAGUCUAAAUAGAUGUGUAUGUUUUUGUGAUGAACAGAGAAAUGACAUUACUUUGUACAAAUAGAAAGUAAAGCAAUAGCAAUACAAUCUAAGGCUCUUAAUAUGGCCUUGGUAAGUAACGUUCCCAUUUCAGUCCUUGCGAUUGUAUGAGGCAGAUGAUGUAAAGGUCACCUAUUUCACCACGUGGCCAGCACAACCACAAAUGUCUGAUACCUAUUAGAAUUAGGUGGACUCAAAAAAUGAUGAAAUAAAAAAUCCAAGUCCUCACCAAGAUUCGAACCUGGACCCCCUCGGUUUGGAAGCCAAGCGCUUUAACCCCACCCACCGCAUACAUGGCCCUCGCACUGUUUUAGGGUGUUUUUUUUUUCUACAGAAUUGCAGAUGCUUUGGGGGGAGAAAGUCGUCAUGUAUGUUGACUCACGUUUGUGUCACUAUGCAUCACUCAUAGGGUACGAUUGUAUUUUUGAUGCAUCACACUAUGUACUGCAUUGUUAUUUUGUUCAACUAUUGUGAGUCAUUGUCAUGUUUUGGAAGCCAUGUUGACCCCUGACAAUGGAAACACGUGUAGGAUUGUCAUGAAAUAAAAUAUUCUUAUUUUCAUAA